AGCUCGGGCUAAAUCGCGCCAAUGGUUGUGUUGGCGGGUUCAGUCAAAAUACACCAAGAUGGAAUUAAUGAAUGCGUUGGAGAUUCUCAAACUUUCUAACCUUUCUAAAGACUGGGUUGAUGGCGUCUGGGAUUUGGAGUUCACUGAGGUGGAAGCGCUUGACGCAGCAAUUGAAGAUUCAAUCACGAGAAACGGAUCGCAGGGACUGGAGGCCUUGUACAGAUGCCUGCUCCCCUACACAAACAACGCUGAGAGCUCCACUGCAGCAAGUGAUGGAUUGUCCCAAAGUGUGUGGACUGUGUUGGGGGACAGUGGUGUCUCAACGCGCUCCCUAGUGGCCCUGCUGGCCUACUUCGUGGUGGGAGCGAGGACCCGUCCGGACGGCUUCCAGCCCAGACUGCUGUCCCUGCAUGCGGCCUCCAUCUACCUGCUGCUGCUGGGCACCCCGGGGAGCGUUGUCAACCAGGUGUUCCAGCAGGUCCUGUUCGACGCCUGCCUGGCCCUGCCUGCUCACUGCUGGCCGCAGAGCUGUGGGAGGAAGAGGAAGAAGGAGUGUGUGAAGAGCUCGCAGGCGGAGGGGAAGAGGCCCCGGGGCCAGCGGAGGGAGCAGGAAGAGGUGGAGGUGGGGGAGGUGGGGGAGGUGGGGGAGGAGAGGAUUCACUUCUCCCCCCGGGACCUGCUCACCAUCAGGGAGGCCAUCGUUCUCCUCGUCAGGAACCUCCUCAGGCUUCUGCAGACGUUUCCUCUCAAAGACAAGCCCCAGAGUGCAGACAGCUGUGUGCAGAUAUUCACUGAACUGACAGAUUUUGAACCAGUCAUUGGGGAAUUGGAAUUUAACAGCAAACAGGCUCUGGAUGAGAUCAAGAGCGUUCCAGAGCUAGCCUACUACGGGUUAGCAUUGCUCUGCUCUCCCAGUCACGGCGAUGAGAAAGAGAAUGUGCGACGCGUGUUCCACAGCCUGCUGUACGUGAUCCUGAUGAUGAGGAGGGGGGAGGGCUGCAAGCCCACUCUGCUGCUGCCCAGCCAGGCUGUGAUCUCCUCCAGAGACCAGGCCCUCCUGUUUGUCUGCCACCUGGUAGGUGAGCUGAAGGAGACUGCUCUGCCUUUCCUCCGUAUCCUGCUGCAACACCUGUGCUGUCAGAUGGUGGAGAAGACAGACUACCGCUCUCACGGGGCCCAGGCUGUGUCCCAGCUGCUGGACAAGAUGCCCGGUUCAGACUACGCUUCCUUCAUCAAGUGGCUGUUUGGCUACUCCACUCACUCAAAGGUGGCCUACAGGCUGUUUGCUCUGGACGUGUCCGUGGCCUUGCUGGCGUGCCCGGAGCGGCAGGCGGAGGACUCUCUGGGCCCCGAGCAGGCCGGCCUGCUGUCCCACAGGUUCCUGGUCCAGAGCCUGGUGUUCGGGCGGCGCUCUGACGCCUCCCCCACCGUGCGGGCCCACGCCCUCACCUGCCUGUCCCGCUGCCUGGAGAUGCCCUCGCUCAACGCCACGCGCUGCGUUCAGGAGCUCUUCUCCUCCACCGGAGUACACACCGUCCUGGAGGGGGACGGCACAGACGGUUCUCUGAGGUCCCAAAAGACUUUCAGGACUUUGCAGUUCAAGACUGUGGACAUCACCGGCAGUGACAUUAGUUAUGAGUCAAAAGAAGCCAUGUCUCUGCUCAUGCGUCGUGUCGGUGACCAGAAGACCAUCGUGAGGAAGUCUGCACUGCAGGCCAUAAUGAGUCUGAUGAAGCACAGUGUAAUCCUGCUGGGACAGGAGAGCCUCUCGGUGCUGUCCGAGCGCUGUCGAGACCCCGCCCUGUCCGUCAAGAAGAAGGCCAUGCAGUGUCUGGGAGAGCUGCUGCAUGCCCACUCCCACAGCAGGGUGGUCCAGAGGGCCUGGCUGAGAGGCCUGCUGCCGGCCAUCAUGGACCCAGAGAGCUCGGUCCAGGAUAAGGCCCUGGAGAGCCUGGAGCAGGUGGUGCUGAGCCAGGUGAAGAAGCAUUCCCCCUCCAGCUGGGAGGACGCAGGGCAGAAGCUCUGCUGGGACCUGCUGGGCCUGCUCUGCGACGACUGUCAGGAUCUCAGUCGCUACUUCAGCAAGGCCUUCACAGUGUGGUCGAAGCAGAACAAGUUCACUGCAGCCUUCAUCACUAACCUGGUGUCUCACAUGGAGGCAGAGCAUGCUGCAGGAGCCUGGCUGCUGCUGUCCAGGGUGGCCGGAUCCUCCCCCAAACUCGACUACAGCAAGAUCCUGGACGCCUGGGACCGCAUGGUCCGGUUGAGGAAUGUGACCGUCACAACGUCCUGCCACAUCCUGAGCGUGCUCGGGGACGUCUGUGAACACCUGAACGAGGACACCAGGAGCAGGAUCGUUGAAGACAUCAUGUCCUUGCUGAGGAGCCUGGAGAUGCCCCUGGAGGUGGUGGGGGCCAGUGUGGAGGCCCUGUGUCGACUGGGCCGUGCCCAGGCCAUGAGGGACACACAGAAGUACCUGAACCAGCACUGUGGGGAGCUGGUCUCUCUCUGUGAGACCUACCUGUCCACAGUCAUCCUCAAUGAGAAGGGAGCACAGAACCUGAACGAGGACUUGGUGGUGAAGCAUCUGUACCUGCUGGGGGUGGUGUCGCUGCACUGCCCUGCCCGGGUGGGCAAGAGGACAGUCCUGCUGGUGGAGUCUGUCCUGUCCUCCAGCCCUGAGCACACGGCCGGGGGGCAACCAGAGGAGCCCCCGGCCUCCCAGCCCCCGGCCUCCCAGCCCCCGGCCUCCCAGCCCCCGGCCUCCCAGCCCCUGUUCUCUCAGCCCCUGUCCCAGUUCCACCCCUCCACCCUGCCCAGCAGGGUGAGAGCCCAUGCUGUCCUAACCCUGGGGAAGCUGUGUCUGCAGCACGAGGAUCUCACCCAGAGGUACCUGCCUGCGUUCGCCCGCGAGCUGCAGCUCAGCGCUGACAUGGCCGUACGCAGCAACGUGGCACUGGUCAUGUGUGACCUGUGUGUGCGCUACACCAACAUGCUGGAGCGCUACCUGCCCAACAUCUCAGCCUGUCUCCAGGACAACCACCCGCUCGUCAGAGAGCAGACGGUCACCAUGCUGACCAGCCUGCUGCAGGAGGAGUUUGUCAAGUGGAAGGGCUCUCUGUUCUUCAGGUUUGUGACGGUGCUGGUGGACCCUGAACCAGCCGUCAGCAGGCUGUGUGAGUACUGCCUGGUCCACCUCCUGCUGAAGAAGAAUCCUGCCAUGUUCUCCCAGCACUUCAUAGAGUGCAUCUUUCACUUCAAUUCCUACGAGAAACACAAAACCUACAACAAGUUCUCCCAAACCGCAAGAGAGAAGGCCAGGUUCUCUCUGAGGGGCUCCCAGAACAAAGACAAGAGGUUCAGGAUCUACCGCUUCCUGCUGGAGAACUUCACAGACGCCCAGCGCUUCAACAUCACUACCAAGAUCAGCCACACUGUGCUGGCGUGCUUCGUGGAUGGAGAGCUUGCUCUGGAUGCUGAGGGCAGGGAGGUUCUGUCUGAGACGCUGGGCGUGCUGAGCCUGAAGGAGAUGAAGCUGCAGGCUCUGGCGGCGGGGCGGGGCGAGGUCGACGAGCAGGACGACGAGCAGGUGGCCCUGGCCAAGGCCGUCGUCCAGGUGGCCCAGAAGAAGGUGGUCUCCCAGGUCCAGAAGAAGGUCUUCAUAGAGAACAUGAUCCCCAUCAUCAUCGCCCUGAAGAGCAAGCUGGAGCAGCAGCGCUCCCCGGUGCUGAAGGACCUGAUGGGGUACCUGCAGGUCACCAUGCAGGACUACCGCAGCGAGGUGAAGGAGCUGUUUGCGGCGGACGAGCAGCUAGCGGCAGAGCUGGAGUACAACCUCAAGCUGUAUGAGAAGGAACAGCAGGACAACAUGGCCGCCAGCAGCCUGCCCAGAGAGACGCAGACCAGAGACUCAGCUGCCUCCUCCCUGGCCUCCCCCUCCAGGAGGCUGAUCCAGGGGGCCAUCACCACCCCUCGGGGCCCCCUGCCAGCCCAGCUCUCCCGCCUGCUGUCCCAGUCAGCCAGGCGUCCACCACUGAGGGCAGCUGACCAGCAGACCAGCGGUCCUCACAGAAGACUCUCAGCCCAGGAGUCAGUGUCGGUGCCCCCCAAAGGAAGCCAGUGUUACAGAGCCUUCAGCACUCCUCACGGGAACAUAAAUGACGUGACCUUCGGGGAAGGACUCAGCGCCAUCUUCAGUGAGAGGAGAGGAGGAUCUUCGGACAGAGAAGAAGAGAGUGUGCUCCACCUCAGGUCCCCAGAGCAGCGAAGCCCCGCUCUGAGGCAGUGGGAGGUGCAGUCUCCUCUGGCUAACAGGACCAAGAAAGUACAAUAAGCUGUCUCAUCUCAAUGAAACAUCGCCUUGAAUUGUACUGUCAGAUAAAAGAAAUAAAACACCACAAAUGUGUAUGUAUUAGAAGUGAGCUUUAUUAAUCACAAACAUGAACAGUCAAUAUUUCUUUUUUUUUUGUUCUUUUUCUUUACUUGGCUUGAGGCUGACCUUCCGAGUUUCGAUCAAUAAAUCAUGUUCAGUUAAACGAUCCUGUUCCACACUCGCUCAAACACCAAACAAAACAGAUCUCUGGAACCUUGCUGUCCUUGGAUUGGUGGAAACUCAUGGUUUGGAGUCAGUGAUUGGUCUAGCUUGUCCCAAGCACAAGACACAGUCUACCAUCCAGUAAGCACAGUGUUCUAGACAUGUGUAAUUAUCUGGCCUGAAAGGUAAAUGUCAGCUGUAAGGCUUUCUUCAUCAAACCAUUUAGCGUGUCUUGUAUAUCUUUUAAUCUUUGCAUACUAGUGCUAUGUGUCUUUACCAAAAAUAAUUCCCACUAUAUUUAGGCACUAAUACAUAUGUAAUCUCUAUUUCUAAUCCAAUGGAAAAUAAAAUUGAA